AUGGAGCACCUCGCGCGCUACCCGGCUCCUCGAACUCGGCUGUACCACCUCAUGGCCGAAGGGAUGGCUUUCAAGGUCACGGUCGCGCUUCGUGCAAGAAGGGUGGAGAAGUGGAUCUGCGGCGUGAAGAGGGACUUUCUCGACGCCGCAAUGACCAAGUGUGUCGGCUUGGACUCCGAGUUCACCGACCCUCGCGCGGGUGAUCAGUGCGCCGUCGUCCUUCAACUCUCGGUGGCGUCCGAGACGUUGGUGUUCCAGAUUUGUUAUGCCGAUGAAGUGCCACAAGUUCUCAAAGAGUUCUUGCAGGACGGGAACAUCAGAAUCUGCGGCGCCGCUUGA